CCGCACACAUAACUAAUGGAUCCGCGUCGUCUUAUCAAUCGACGCUCCCGCUCGUGGUCUUUCCCACUCUCGGAUUCCCGGACUUACCUCACAAUUGGAAACGCACUCACUGAUCAUGACUAUAUCACUACUAUAGCGCUCGCUCAGUUUCGUUUCGGUUGUGAAGCAAUGAACUCACUUCAUAGGACUCUGUUGCUCUGCGGUUUAUCUGUGUUGGUUGUCGAAUCUGUUACUGAAUAUUGCGAUAAUGGCACUGGGAAGUGUGCGAGCUUGACGUCGGCGGAUUGUCCGGUGAUAUUUUAUAACUGGCAUUUAAUCGGGGACAGGGUUAAGUAUUGUGAUGAGUCCCGCGACAUUGUUUGCUGUCCUCUACCCAAACAUUCACAGAACCAAUUGAGUGUUUCAACAGCGAAUCGAAUAUCUGCGAGAGAAUGUCGGCGAUAUAGCGAAAUUUGGAGGACUUGUGCUUCAACACCCUUCAUUGUAAACGGCACCAAGGCUGCACCAAAAGAGUAUCCUUUCAUGGCCUUAAUAGGCACCCGGAAUAGAAAUAGCUCCAACAUUAGGUGGGACUGUGGUGGCACUUUAAUACACCCCAAGUAUAUUCUUACAGCAGCGCAUUGUCUGGAAUCCACAGAAACAAAAUCCGAACGCUUAGAUCCCGCUUUCGAUUCCCCGAAAUUUGUGGUACGAUUGGGAGAGCUCGACUAUAGCAGCACUAUAGAUGAUGCGCGACCAGAAGACUUUGAAAUUGUUAAUUAUGUGGUGCAUCCUUCCUACAACGAUGGCGAGGAUGGCGCCCCUCUCAAUGAUAUUGCCCUGAUCGAGCUGAAUAGAAGAGUUACCUUUUCUGAAUAUAUUGCGCCAGCCUGUUUAUCUUCGAGUCCAGGAAAUGAGCAUCAGCAGCUGACAGCAGUCGGUUGGGGACAUACCAGAUAUGCGGGCACCCCAUCAACCCACCUUCGAAGAGUGACCCUGGAACGAUUUAGUGAUGAGCAGUGUCAUGAGCGGGUUAGCCAGACUAUAGAGCCUCGCACACAAUUCUGCGCCGGAUCGCGCACAAGCAGUGCAGAUACUUGCAACGGCGACUCUGGUGGACCUAUAUUCGUGCAGCAUCCAGAAUUUAAUUGCCUCAAGCAGAUAAUUGGCAUUACUUCGUAUGGGCAGGUGUGUGGAACCCGUAAUGUGCCAAGUGUGUAUACAAAAAUAUACCUCUACAUCGACUGGAUUGAGAAUGUUGUGUGGGGAACUGAGAAGUGAAGCCGUUUCGAUUGUGAUUUAAAUCCUGUCUUCAAUACUCUAGUAAGCUAGCCUGUAAGCUUCACUAAACCAUAACUUUUUCAUUAACAUCCAAUAUUCAGAUACGAUCUUUAAGUUGCACAUCCUAUGUGCAAGCCAGACAGCUUUCUUGUUGUUUCCACUCCCAGGUGGCACCGGAAACUUGUUUCUGACCCAAAAGCCAAUGCUCAGUCACUCAAUCAUAACAAUUAUUAAUUAUGUGUGCGGUUGCGGCUUCCCCCUCCCCCCCUCCUCAGCACUCUGCACUCUGAACCUUCGGGCUAAUUUAUUUAGUUUUGCAGCGUAAAAUAAACUUUGCCAUUCGCAAAGUUCUUGCGUGCGAGCUGGGAGGGUGAAGUUUGUUCUGUUUGUAUUUCGCGGACCAGAACUUUCCAUACACUAUAGUGCUCUACUACAUGCAUGGGCAUAGGCAGGAUUUAGUCCAGGGGGGAACACAUUUGUUUGGCCGAUCUUUUUCUAUCAAAUUAUUUGCACUACCCAGAAAACACACGAAAAAAAUGGAAAAAUAGGGAAAAAUGAAAUUCAAAAUAAUGAAAAUGUCUUCAUCUAAAGAUUUCAAAUGCAAUAAAAUUAAAAAAAAAAUUGCUAAAAAUAAGAAGAUUUGUGAUCGUGGAACUGAUAUGAAGUCGAGAGUGUAAAAACAUUUGAAAUUUUGUUUUCUUACAUAAAUGAUCAAUUUUUAUAUCAAUAUAUAUAUAUGAAAUCUAGAUGAAUAAUAAUGGCGGCGGAACUGCUCUCAGUUUGAAAACAAUUUAUAGUACUUGUAUCAUUUAUUUUCUAAAAAGAAUUCGUAUGCUUCUCAGUUGAAUAGAAUUCUUUUGCAAGCCCACCUGGAAUGGGAGUCAUAUCUGGGGUCGGGGCAGUUAUCAAAAGGAAGUUAUGGCAGAUAAAGAAAUCUAAAAUCAUUUUGUUUCGACAGUUCAGAACUGAAACUGUAUUUUCUUAAAAACCCACAUUAAAUAUUAUUAAUAUUAUUCGUUCUUAAAUCUAUUUUUGUUGAAUACAUUUAUAUUUAUUUAUUAAUAGUACAUAAAGAUUGUUUGUUUCAUAUGUAGUUAAGUCUGAUAUUAUUUUAUUAUAAGUAUGAAAAGAACCAUUUUUAAAUUAGUCGCAUUAAUAUAUAUAGUAAUGCCUCAGGUUUUGAUGAAAUCAGCGAACUGGUGGCCGCAAAAACAACUUCUUGCUCCGUUUGUCCCGUUGCCCAAAAUCAACCUUAGCACCAAAUAUAGGCCUAGUUAAGAGUUAUAAGUUAAACCUAUUAACACAAUAAAAAUUCGUUUUCAUGCCCAUA